AAAAAAGAUCCUUGAUUGUUUAAAAAAAAACGAACUUGAAGUGAAUUAAUCUCACUAACAAACAAUUGGUGGGACAACACAUAUAAACAACGAAUUUCUGUAGUUUAAUUCCAGUUUAAAUUUUCCCAAAAAUUUGAAAGAAAAAUUCUGAUUAUCUCCUUUGGCACCAGAUAUAUAUUGCUUUUAGAAAUGUUCUGCUCAAAGAAAAUAAUUCUUAUGAAUUUUAUUGUAUUAUUCUCUUUCCUGUUGAUAACUGAAUACUUACCGAAGUUGAACGCGAACAGAAUUGUACCAGGUUAUUCUAAUGGCAGGUAUGAAAUUUUACCGGGACCAUCUAAGCGUAUGAGUGGAAUGAGGUUUGAAGAACUACUUCGUCUUCAAAAGUUGAAGGAUAGUGCAAAAUGGCUUGAGGAACUUGGGAAACGUGCUUACACCAAUGGGGUGAACUCAUGGGCUGAUGAGGAAUAUCACUGAACUGGGCGAUGAAUGCGAUCAAGAAAAAAACAAACAAUUAAAAAUAAGCAAAAGACAAAGAAAACAAUAUGCCACUGACCAUCUAGAAAUGUUGUUAAUCAGAAAAAACAAACAAACAACAUUAUAUAUUAUUUUGUUGUACUUUUAAAAUAAAUAUAUCAAAAAAUAUAUUUUGAGAAGAAAUAGAGUAGUGUUUAUGUG